AUGGCAGUAGGUUAUGGUAGUGCUAUGCAGGCUAUUUCAACAGAUCACAUGACGAGAAUUCGACAACGGCUCCGAUCAUCCGAGGAAGGCAUAGUCGAGUACGGUCGUCUCAAAGGGCUUCACACUCAACUCACUUCACAACUCGAGUCGUGCAGACAAGUUAUGGAAGAGGAUCUAAAAUCUAAUCUACCUGAAGAUGAACGACUCCGUCACGUGUCCUACUUUGUGCAGGCAUUAAAAUCAUCGGUGUUCUCCGCGGAAAUGAAUGAGCUGCUCACGAAAAGUGACCAUUUUGAAGAGAACUUCAGACUGCAAGUUCUGGAAACGAAGGUUCAUCUUCAUGAACAAAUUGAGCAUCUUAUUCAAAUCGUUGAAAAUUUGAGCAAGAACCUGAUUUCGAAACGGAGUGAGGCAAACAGUGAUUGGAAAAGCACGACUGCAGGCUCACCGAAGACAUCGACGCGAGAUCAAUAUGGACCAUCAUCAAAUGUUGGAUUUCCGAAGUACGCUUGUCAGCAACAACCAGGUCCAUCGGGAUAUAACUCUUGGAAUUGUAAGACUAGCACUGUCACAGACGAUGGAAACACGGCGUUCAUGGUUCUAGAAGAGACAAAGGCAGAGUUUGUCAAUUUCUACUUCGUUGUCGCUUUGCAAAUCGAUAGUGAUUCGGAGGAAAUUCGUGCGACGCAUGUUUGA